UCCCAUUUUUGCCUGUCAACCAAAACCUCCCAGAUCCUGGGGUUUAGACUCAACCUCACUGGACAGCCCUGCCGAGCCAAGUCCUCCGCAUCAGUUCGCUUACUCUUUAUCAUAAAGCCCUCGCAUGGCUCCACCGGUGAUGCAUGACUUGUGGUCAUCACCUACUAGCUUCCAAAGAGUUUAACAAGGAGGUCCUGAAGGCCCACAAUGAGUACCGGAAGCAGCACGGAGUGCCCCCACUGACGCUCUGCAAGAAGCUCAACCGGGAGGCUCAACAGUACUCCGAGGCCCUGGCCAGCACGAGGAUCCUCAAGCACAGCCCAGAGUCCAGUCGCGGCCAGUGCGGGGAGAACCUGGCCUGGGCAUCCUACGAUCAGACAGGAAAGGAGGUGGCUGAUAGAUGGUACAGUGAAAUCAAGAACUACAACUUCCAGCAGCCUGGCUUCACCUCGGGGACAGGACACUUCACAGCCAUGGUCUGGAAGAAUACAAAGAAGAUGGGAGUGGGGAAGGCAUCUGCAAGUGAUGGGUCCUCCUUUGUGGUGGCCAGAUACUUCCCAGCAGGGAAUGUUGUCAAUCAGGGCUUCUUUGAAGAAAAUGUCCUGCCUCCAAAGAAGUAAUUUGUCAGAUAGGAUGGGAAGGUGGCAAACCUAGGAAUGUGGGUAUCAAGUGCCUAGAACAACAAAAACCCAGCUGUGUGUCUCUGUGGGUGUACAUGCUGGUGUGUGUGAUGUGCGUGAGCAUCUCUUUUACACACGUGGGUACACAGUUCUGUGCAAGCUCAUCCUUAUUACAGGAAUGAGCCUUGGACGCAUUUACCCUGUUGAUGACCUAGACCACCAAUUCCCUGAAUGUGGGGAAGGGGCAGGAAUCAUUUUUUAUUCUAUUUUGGUUACUUUUAAAGCAUACUUCUUUUGUACCUUUCUUACUUCUAAUAUCCAUCCCUGGACUUUUUGUAUUCCAAAUAUUUGUGAUGCUGAGAAGUGAAGUUCAUUUUAUGAGAUCUUCAUGCACUGUAAUCUCCUUUUGGUAGAUGUCUAAGAGUAUUAAACUCUCAUUUAAAUGUGA